AGGAGGAGGAAGAGGAGGAGGAGGAAGGCAGAGAUUAGCGCGGUGCCGGCUGGCGCAGAGGCGCGGCUGAGCGCUCGAGCGGGAGCCCGGGGCCCUGCGGACCGUGCGGGCGGCACAGGCGGAAGGAGCGGGGAUGCGGCCGGGCUCCCCGCGCUGCUAACGCUGCCGGCCGCUCGCCCGGAGCAGGGAGGGCGGGAAGGGCCGUCCGCCUGGCUGCUCCGCGGGCGCAAAGGGUGCCGGUGCAGUCCCCUCCUCUUGCUUUUAUCCCAGCCCCGGAGCAGGAGCAGCCGCCGCCGCCGCCCCCUCUCCCUUCCUGCGCUCUUCCCACCAUGAGCGGGGCUGUUUUCACCUUAUAAAGAUGGCGGUGUGGGAUCGCUGCAACCUUUAGACUAAUGACUGUCAGAAACAUCGCCUCCAUCUGUAAUAUGGUUCUUCAAGACCAGCUACAUGCAGUUGCCAGCUUCCCUCCAUGCGGUGCCCCAGCACGCCUUGUGCUGGCUAAGCCACACAAACCAUUCACCUGCCCUGGAGAAUGGAGCCUACCUCUAGGGGCACCAAUGCCUCUGCUCUGGAAAAAGACAUUGGCCCAGAGCAGUUUCCAAUCAAUGAACACUACUUUGGAUUGGUCAAUUUUGGGAACACCUGCUACUGUAACUCCGUGCUACAGGCAUUGUAUUUUUGCCGGCCAUUUCGGGAAAAUGUAUUGUCAUACAAGGCCCAACAGAAAAAGAAGGAAAAUCUCUUGACUUGCCUGGCAGAUCUUUUCCACAGUAUUGCUACUCAGAAGAAGAAAGUUGGAGUUAUUCCACCAAAGAAGUUUAUAUCAAGGUUAAGAAAAGAGAAUGAUCUCUUUGACAACUACAUGCAGCAGGAUGCACAUGAGUUUUUAAAUUACCUGCUCAACACCAUCGCAGACAUUUUGCAGGAGGAGAAGAAACAGGAAAAGCAAAAUGGGAAACUGAAAAAUGGCAACAUGAAUGAAGCUGAAGAGAACAAUAAACAAGAACUCACCUGGGUGCAUGAGAUUUUUCAGGGAACACUGACUAACGAAACUAGAUGUUUGAACUGUGAAACCGUUAGUAGCAAAGAUGAAGAUUUUCUUGACCUUUCUGUCGAUGUGGAGCAGAACACAUCAAUUACACACUGUCUAAGAGACUUCAGUAACACAGAGACAUUAUGUAGUGAACAGAAAUACUACUGUGAAACUUGCUGCAGUAAACAAGAGGCGCAGAAAAGGAUGAGAGUAAAAAAACUGCCAAUGAUUCUUGCCUUACACCUCAAGAGAUUCAAGUAUAUGGAGCAAUUGCACAGGUAUACUAAGCUGUCUUACCGUGUAGUAUUUCCUCUGGAGUUACGUCUCUUCAACACAUCUGGCGAUGCUGUCAACUUAGAUCGGAUGUAUGACUUGGUAGCUGUUGUUGUUCACUGUGGAAGUGGACCGAAUCGGGGGCAUUAUAUUACUAUUGUGAAAAGUCAUGGAUUUUGGCUCUUGUUUGAUGAUGACAUUGUAGAGAAAAUAGAUGCUCAAGCUAUUGAAGAAUUCUAUGGUCUGACCUCUGAUAUAUCAAAAAAUUCAGAGUCUGGCUAUAUUUUAUUCUAUCAGUCAAGAGAGUAACUUGGCAAACUGUGACAAUUGCACACAAUGAUGCUGCACGCAAGAGAAGGUGAUGGCCCCCCUUAACUGACUUUUACACAGACCGCAUCUUGUAUGGUUGAACAACGAUACACUCUGUCUCCUGUUAAAUGGCCUAUGUGAUCUUGACUAUAACCGUCCAUUUUUGACACAUGGAAGUUUGUUUUGGGAAGGGGGGGAUUGUUUGUAGUUUUUAAGUCUGAUUGAAGAGUUAAUUACAGUCGGAUUUUAGUGGAAUUUAUAUGGACUAACAUUUACAGAUAAGAUUUGGAUGUCAACUGUUAAACCCAGUCCAGGUAGAGUAGUAUUUUAUAUGGAAGUGUUCAUUGCAUUUAGGGCAAAAUUGUUUAAAACUUUUUAAAUGGCUUUGGGGUGUGUUGAUUUACAAAGCAUUCCUUUAAAUAGAUCCUGACAUGUACUUAUUCAUUUUAAGUAUAAUGAAAAAAAAUCUGUUUCAUGAUGGUUGGAACUGUGGUUUUAUGGGGGAUAUUUUUACAUGUUACUCUCUGCUGCAAAAAAGAUAUUCUUUGAAAAUCAUUUAAGCAUUGCAUUGUUAAAAACUUUUGGUGCAUAACCUCAGGCCUAAAAUUCACAUAGAGGGAUUUAAAUUACAUUGGAACUAAGUAAUUCUGUAUGUCCAGUCACUUUGCUUAUCACGAGAUAGUACAGAUAAGGUGAGAUUUCGGGACUUAUAGAGCACUAGAAUAAAGGGAGUGAGAUGACACAUAUGACAGAGAUAGAAAUUACAUUUACAGAAAUUGAGCUUAUCUUUCUCUUAAAACGAUAUCAUAGGUUGUUUCCUUAACUGAGUUUGGAGAGAUCGCAACACUGCUCACCUAUAACAUAUCCAUCAGGACUGAAAUUACACCUAUUUAAUUAAGUGUUGUUCGUACAAUACAUAACACAUGGCUUGAUCUUGCAGUUUUCUGAAUACCUGUAGGUCCCAUUUUCAUUUCUCAAGUCAGAAUUCAUUUCUUAGCAACAUAACUUAAUAGAUAAAAACCAUUAGUUGACACAGCUGUUAUAUAUAUUGUCUCUAACGUUUUGGCCAUGUUUGACAGCAUUUGGGUCACCACAGAAACAGAUAGGGCUCUGGAGUGUCUGAUUUUAAAAACAUCAAAAGGCUUAGUGCGAAAGGCUUAGUUUGUGAUUUUACUGGAUGAAUGUGGCUGGCACUGGUCAUGCACCGGCUAAUACCAUUGCUGUACUCACAUACUGGAAUCUGGCAAAGAAUGAAUGUAGAAGAAAGUAUCAAUAGGGUAUGAGAAGGGAUCGACAGUAGGCUGAGGCAGUGGUAACACCGGGUAACUACCUUGCUUGGUUUGACACUUUCACUCCAUUAUACAAGUCUCGAACUUCAGUAGCCAAAUUCCUAUUCCAAUGAAGUCAACAGCAAAAACACUCUUGUCUUCAGGGGGAUUGACAGUUGGUUCUAGUAUUUACAAGAAAUUAUUCCCAACUCACAAUUUAUUGCUACCUGUUAUGUUUCUUUCACUCUCAUUAAGUAUUUAUUAGACAAUGUUGCUUUUGGUCCUUCUUUUCUUUAAGAAGCCUGCCUGCCACUGCAUGGCCAACACUUCAUUUCAAGAAACAGCUUUUGAAGUGCAGCCUAAUCUUAUACUUUAGUUUUCUGUAGGAAGGAUAAUAACUUUUUUUCAUUGUAGUCUACUGUGAAUGUGAAAUAUCUUUUGUUAAAUAACGGUGAAAAUGAAGUACUAGCUUCUGCUGUAACAUCAAUUGAAGUUGGAUUUAUCAAUGGCUAUUUUGUAAACUAAGGAAAUGUAACACUCUACACUGAAUGAGAAGCAGAAGUGGACUUUUCAUUGAACAUUAUUUGUAAUUUAUCAUGUUAUUAUACCGAUACAAGAAAACAGACGUAGAAUGUAACCUUAGAGUACUUACUUAGGUGAAUAAUAGUGGUCUACAGAGAUCAUGCACAUGAAUGAAGGCUGGUGUGCAGGCUCAAGGAAAGCAUAAUUGGGAUGCAGCUCUAGUUCUUUUAUUGACGUUAGAAUGAAAUGUUCUGCCUUAGCGCAGAAGACAGACAUCUUACAGGAGACUUCAACUCUCACUGAGGCCCAGGAGCUUUUCCACUGAAAAGCUAAACCUGCAAAUCCCUCUUUAAUGGAUUUAUUGAUAAGCAUUCAUAAUUUCCAUAUAAAAAUCUAAUAAUCACUUGCCUUUUAAAAUGGGUAAGGUUUCCUUGUUGUGAAUGAAGGCACUUUCUAGAUCAGCAUUAACCAGUGCUGGUCCAAAGGUCUGUACUUCACAGUUUACUGCUGAACAUUCUCAGGGCAUUCUUCAAUUUUAAAAUAAGCAACAAAGAAGAUAUUCUUCAGAUAUCAUUUGAAUGUUCAAGGCUCAUGUUUAUAUGAAAAGUAAUUUUUCAUAAAAAUGACUUGUAAGUUGGUUCAAUUUUAGGAAAUGUUUUCCAUAUUUCAAUUGACUUAUCUGAAAAAUGAUUUUUAAAAAAUUCUUAAUAAUACGAAUUAAUAUUUAAAUGCUAAAGUAUAGGAUAAUAGUCUUUGGUUUUCUUCAGCUGCAGGACGGUGCUAGGUUGUAAAACAUACAGAUAAGCGCAGUCUGUUAUUGAGAGUAAAAUUACUAGAAUAAGCCUUUUCGUAAAGUAUGAAAAACCAUUUUAAAUUCAUGCUAGCCCAUGAAAAGAUCACAGCACUGGUAUCACACCAGUCCAACAUUGGUGGUCUGACAUCAGGUCUGAAAAUUUGUGGAAUACUCACUUUGUGCUUACCACAGCUGAACUAAGGACCAUGUUCUUUUGAUUAAAAAAAAAAUUGCAGUCACAAUCUAAACUAUAGAUUGCAGUCACAAUAUAAAUUGUAGAUUGCAGUCACAAUACAAAUUAUACCCAGCCUACAGUGUGCUGCAUGUCUUGACUUCAGUCCAGCAACACUGUCCAUCAUGGCUGUAUGAAUAGUGCCGGUCUAGGCAGCAGAACUUCUCUGUCAAAUUAAGGACACUUACAUGGGUUUUGCAGGAUUGGGAUCCUCACACGAACAAUCAUACAAUGUAAAGUAUUUUAGUUGAUUAAAUAAAACAUAAUCCUUUUUCUCUUAUGCUUAUGUGUAGAUUUCCAGUCCCUUAUGAAAAAAUGGAAAAAUAUCUAGGACAAUAAAAGCUUUUCAGCCAGCAGCUAGAAAACAAAAUUGUAGCACAGAUGUCUAACAGUACUCUCUGCUUCCCUAGAAGGACUAUUUUUAUGGUGUUGGGUUCUGAAUAUAUUAGACCUAAUAACAUCUGAAGUUUCCUACUUGUUUCACACACUGUUGCUGAGAUGCAUUGACCAUUUAUAAAUCUUAUUACUUUGUUCUUAGUUAGAAAAAAGAACAUUUUUGUCCUGUGCUGUGUUUCCACUGAAUCCAAUGAAGCACUGCAGUGCUGAUGAUUCAGUUAUCUUAGAGGAUGAGCUCAGACCUCAACUUCUAUGUUUCACAGAACAGGCUGUCAGGAUUUUAUGUAAUCUCUAUUUUUGAGACACAGCAGAGGGAGGAAGAAGGGGGAGGGGGGUGAUGAAGAAACCAUACCAGUGAAGCAGAACACCUUGUUGAAAUUAAGUCCCAAAAUUACUCCUGUCACUUCUAUUUUAAUAAUCUACAGUUACCUCAGAGCAGUCGAUUACAUUUUAAAGGUCUUGUUCCUUUAGAGGUUGGAGUAAAGAAAAUAAAGCAGUAGGCAUUUCCUUCGCAUUAGAUUUAAUGAAGAUAUUAAAGACCUAACUAAGCUGAAACUGAAAUUCAUGUUACAUGGUUGGUCCUAAAGUGCUACCGCAACCUGUCUUUUAUCUUCAGACAUUACAUUUCAUUCACCCAUCUGUUACAGCAUCAUGUACUUGGGACCUGAGCCGACAACUUGCAGCUGCCAGUGAUUCGAUGCCUCUCAGCAGCAGACCCUUCUUGUUUCAUCUCCUUUUUUGCUGCUUGUGGCUGACAAGUAUGAGCAGUAUCUUACAGCUGAAUGUGUACUAGAAAUUUUAAGAAGUUUUGGCUGUGUACCUCUUCUUUGCUAGUACCUGUUAUCAGUGUUUGUUUUAAUUUAUUUCUCUUUUGUUGGUCUGUUAUUGUAUUUGUAUUAUAACUUAUGUAGUUAAUAUUAUUAGUUUUCUGUUUUAAUUUGUAUGUACUUUUAUUUUUUUAAAAUGUAAUCAACCCAAGCACUUUAAGCAACACUGUCAAUCUCAUGAAAUUCCAAUCAGCUUAACAUUUUGCCUUUGUCUUUUUGCUUUUGCAGCUGUUUGCUUGUGAUCUCUAGUUACAACCCAAUUUUCAUUUUUAGGCUGGUAGUCCUAGUUGGGUUGUAAAUUUUGGAAGCCCAAAUUUGUUCAUACAUAUUUAUUCAUACAUAACGAGGAUGCAGGAUUUACUCUGUCUGCUACACCGUAGCUGUAUGUACCUGAGGAGUUGGACUUCACAACCUUUUUCGCACUCUACUUGCUACCCCAUCUGAGAACGACUGUCUUACUUUAUUCUGUGGCACAGUUAUCAAUGACUAUAAUUUAGAAAAGCACCACUUCUCACAGGAGAAUUCUCUUCUACCAAACACAGAGUUAGCUGUCAGUCAGCUGAUGGUACAGUUAUUGCUCUCUCUGCCAUUUUAUCUGUGCUCUGUACAGCCUCAAGUACAAAUAAUCCUAAGAGCUGUGUUUAUUCUUGGUCCUUGCGUGAGUGCUAUCAAGGAGAACAAUCUUUUUUGCAUCUUCCUCCUCUCCACUUGGGCUCAUGUAAAGGGAAGCGGUAAUGAAGUAGGAUAAGAGCUGGUGUAAAAAAACCACACCAUCAAAGACACUGGAUGUUUCCUAGAGGCCAGCAUCUAUGGUAUCCAUAUCAGAAAGUCACUGACUUUAUGUGUUGUUAAUGCAAAGGUUAUUCUUAGGUUUUUAGACACCAUAGUCUCUUUGAUCAAUGAAAGACCAGGGCUUUUUCCUGUUGCAUCAGUUCUGUUGCUGAGGUGUUUCUUGUCAAUUUAACAUGGCAGUUAAUAUUCAAAUAGCCCUUGGGAAGCCUCAGUAGACACCCUUUUAAUUUCUUUCCUGUUAACAUGCACUACUUCAAAGCAAUUGGACUUGUCCACAAGACUCAUUCAGAUUAAUGCACUCCUUUUGCAUACAAGGUCAAAUAACACCUAUCAGGAGGUAUGUGGCCACCUGAUGGGACCAUCUGGGCUAAGCCCACACCUCUUUACAUGCUAAUGAUUCUUUACCCCCUAGGAGGUUUGCUUGCUGACUUUGCCUAAAUGAGUUAAUAUGAAACCUCACAUAACUCCCUUUAUUUGUCGUCUCAGAGUUGCUAUAAUUCUUUAAUAAUUCUGCUUCAUUUGGUUAUCAAGACUGGGAUUAUUGCACAACAUAAAAUAAAUUGUGUGUGCCAUUCACAGUGGUCAAUUUAACAGACUAAUGCUUCUGAUGAAGGCUGUUGCAGGUGGCAAUUUCACUAUAUUCAGGAAUAUUAAAGAGUAAAUGACUUUUCUGUGAUAGCGUGGUAGGUCUGUAGGAAGAGCUGGGCUGGCACACAGCUUCCUAACACUCAGCUUGUACCAGCUCCAGCCUUUAUAUAAUCCUCACCCUUCUCCUAGGGGUUCCAAAGUGGCAGGAGCAAACCCUUUGUAAAGACACUUUGAAGUUCUCCAAAACCUCAUUAAUAGGCAUACAUUCCUUAAAGAGGCUGAGCUUAACCAUCAACUUUAUAUUUGCAAUGGUGUUCGUAUUUGCAAAAGUCCCAAGACAGAUUGUGUUCACACACUAAAUUGUUUCCGAGACCUCUCACACCUCUCACUCUAACAGCACGAGCUCCAUCAGGGCAGCCAUAUUACAGGUUCGAGUGCUUUUCCUGGAAACAACUUUCUGGCUUCAGUGGCUUUUGAAGACCUAACUCAAGCGCCAUAACUUAUCCAGAACUCUUUAGGAGUAAAGUCACCCUAUGCUGUAUGAGUAUGAGUGUAGGGCAGGGGGAAGAAGAAAGUGAAGAGGAAGGAAUAUGGAAAGGGCUGUUUUUCCAGUGGCUUUGAAUAUGUAUAUCUGUUUGUAAAUAUAUAGUCCCUCUCUACCUUGUCAAAACGACGCAAUCAUAAUAAAACUACUUAAAUAUUUUGUGUUAGUUUUUUUAAAUGGAGUAAGGGAUAGUAACAUUAUUAGACAUACAAUUGGAGACACAUAAAAAUACUGAAUUUCUAGUAAAGCGUACAAUACACGGUGUAUGUGUACGGUUGAGUAUCUGCUUUUUUUAAUCAUAUACAUGUAAUUAAACCCUGCACUACCUGCAGAACUGUAAGAUAAAUCUCACGUUGGUUAUUAAGGUUGUAACAUAAGAAAAAGGUAUUUUCUCCUGUUAACAUGUUUAUAUUUUACAUAAAAUAAACUCCCUAGAUGAUUUUGCUUCCAUUGGA